AUGGACAGACACACUAUUGUCGGACUAUCUGGCGGCCAAGCUCUAAGCGAGCUUCUCAUUUACCACAAUGUCAAGCACAUCUUCGGAGUUCCUGGUGGCGCUGUCUUCCCAGUUUUCGAUGCUCUAUACAAUAAGACCGAUAUUCAGUUCAUCCAUUCUCAUCAUGAGCAAGGAGCGGGCCAUAUGGCAGAGGGAUAUGCCCGCGCCAGUGGGAAGCCCGGCAUUUUGCUGGUCACUUCCGGGCCGGGAACCUCUAAUAUCAUGACGCCCCUUCUCGACGCUUCAAAGGAUGGAACCCCAUUGGUGGCAAUCUGCGGUCAAGUCAAUACAUCGGCCCAAGGCACUGGUGCUUUCCAGGAAGUCGACGUGAUGGCACUCGCACGGCCAUGUACGAAAUGCAGCAUCUGUGUACAGGAUGUCAGAGACCUACCCGCGGCGGUAGAUGCGGCAUUCGAGCACGCAAUGGACAAGCGACCGGGACCAGUCCUUAUUGCAAUCCCCAUAGAUGUGAGCAGCGCUAUUUUCGACGAGGCUGCAUUGGGCGAAUCUGCAUGGUCCGAGAAGGAAGACAACAUCAGCAGCAGCAGCAGCAGUAGCGGGGCUGUCAGUCCCGCCCGUUCUUUUAGCUCGGCAGAUCUCCAUGAUCAGGUUGGCUGUAUUUCUAACCUCGUCAACUGGGCCCAGCGUCCGGUUAUCUGCGCUGGAAACGGUGUGAUUUCCAGCAAGAAAGGAUCCGUUCUUCUCUCGGAUAUUGCGAAAAAGGCGAAUAUUCCUGUUGCUACAACGUUGCUUGGAGUGGGUUGUUUUGACGAAGCCCACCCUCUUUGGCUCGGGAUGAUGGGAACUUACGGAUGUCCGUCAGCAAACUAUUCCAUCCAAAAUGCCGACUUGAUCUUGGUGUUUGGCGCUCGUUUGGAAGAGCGAGCUGUGGGAGAUCCAGCUGGCUUUGCACCGUGUGCGCGAAAAAGUGCCCUUGAUGGCAAAGGAGGAAUCAUACAAUUCGACAUCGACCUAGAUAUGGUGGGAAAUAUCACUGAGCCGACAGAAGUCAUUCACGGCGACUUAUCCGAGACACUUCCAAUUCUUCUUUCUGGGGUGGUACAACAAGACCGGAAGAAGUGGCUGGACCAGAUCCACGAAUGGAAAAAGCAAGAUCCUCCCCAGUUAUCUGUUCCUCGGGAGAAAUCUUUUGCCUUUCCGCAAGAGGUCAUUCUCGAGCUCAGUCACCAAGUAUCACUGAUGACGACCCCCACAACUAUCACCACGGGGGUAGGCCAACACCAAAUGUGGGCGGCAAAGUACUUUCGGUGGCCACGUCCUCGUUCACUGAUCACAUCUGGCAGUCUAGGGACCAUGGGUUAUGGUCUUCCUGCUGCUAUCGGUGCAAAGAUAGCCCUUCCAGACCACAAUGUGAUUGAUGUGGACGGCGAUGCUUCGUUUUGUAUGACCAUGGAGGAGCUCUUGACAGCUUCGCAGUAUCAAAUCCCCAUCAAAGUGAUUAUUCUGAAUAACGAGAGUGAAGCGAUGGUCACACAAGUGCAGCGUUCGGAUUAUGGAGGACGCGUCUGUCACGACCAGCCUGGUAAUCCUGAAUUUGUGGAGUUAGCACACAGUAUGGGCUGCCAGGGACGUCGUUGCGCUGAUCGAUUUGACCUUGAGGCAAGUAUCAAGUGGAUGCUCCAGUGUAAAAGACCAGCAUUGUUGGAGGUCAGAGUGUCUGAAACAGAGAUGGUGCCAAUUGUGGAAAGCGGGAAGUCGCUGGAUUUCAUGAAGAUUUAG